CUCUGUUUCAGUAUACUUUGGGUUACAAGGCCAGACCUUAACUAUUGUAAACGCCAUUUCUCUCUUUUUAAAACCAAAAGGGUUCAAGUGGCUUUUUAUAUGUUUGAAAUAGCGUGGUGUUCAAAUUAACCAUUGUAUUAUAUAAGCUCAGUUACAAUAAAUAACAUAUUAUAUGGAUCAUACAAAAACUUUAAAAUAUUGAACAAGCACUGAUAAAUACUUUGAAUAAAAUUAUGUUUCUAUAACUUUCCUAACCAUAAAUUUGUGAGUUUUUUAAAGAUUCAACCUGAAAUGCCUAUACUAACGGAAAACUGUUUGGAGAUGUGUACAUUCCGUGUGUAUCUAUAUAUAGACUUAUUCUUACAGAACCAAAAAAAAACUAUUAUUAGACAAGUUCAACAGAAAACUGGUGCAGAUCACGAUCACAGUUGUAACGAAUUUACUAAAACUGGCAACCACUCCUUUUCUUUAAGAACCACUCCUUCUUCCCUUCUCUUGUCCUAUUCUCUAUCAACUCAUCUUGUAACUUUUGUUCUCGUUCAUUUAUCUCUUCAAAGCUUAUAAACUAAUAAUUAAUUCAGUUAAGAUGGAUCAAGCAGAGCUUUGCCGGAUAUUCCAAAUGUUCGACAAGAACGGCGACGGCAAAAUCACCAAACAAGAGCUGAAUGAUUCAUUGAAGAAUCUUGGAAUCUACAUCCCAGAGCAAGAGCUGGUGCAGAUGAUUGAGAAGAUUGAUCUCAACGGUGAUGGGUACGUGGACAGCGAGGAGUUCGGAGGGCUGUUCGAGACGAUCAUGGAGGAGAGAGACGAGGAGGAGGACAUGAGAGAGGCUUUCAAUGUGUUUGAUCAAAACCGAGACGGGUUCAUCACGGUGGAAGAGCUGAGAUCCGUGUUGGCUUCCUUGGGGCUCAAGCAAGGAAGGACGCUUGAUGAAUGCAAGAGGAUGAUUGGCAAAGUUGAUGUUGAUGGAGAUGGGAUGGUGGAUUUCAAGGAGUUUAAGAAGAUGAUGAAAGCUGGUGGAUUUGCCGCCUUGUGAUCAAAACUUGUAAAAGAAGCCCAUUUUAGGGUUAGGGUUUGUGACCCAAAAUCAUUGUUUUAUUCUUCGGAAUGAUUAGGGCAAAACCUUGAAGAGAAUUAAUAAAUGGAUUUGCAAAGAUAACGAAACUUUGUGAGCUAA